AUGGACCAAAAAAUUCUUCUACUGCUUGAUAAUGCUGCCUCUCACUUUGAUUCAAAUGAAGAAUAUACUGAUCAAGAUAAAGCUGGUUCUGGUUCUGAAAAUGAAGAUGUUGAAUUGAAUAAUAGUAUUGGUUCAUCCUCUAAGGCAUCUAGCAAAAAACAUGGGUUUUCUAGAAAGGAUGAUUAUUCCACUGCUCUUACUUCUGUGAUAGUUAAUUUUUUUAAUGAUGUUAACCAAACUAUUGCAACAGAGGAAGCAUUAACGGAUCAGCAAAUUAUUACUCUCGUUCAAAAUGAAGAUAACAUUAUUGAAGAUGAUCAAGAAGACUCUGAUAAAGAACCAUCUGAAAUAUUUACACAAGAGGCAUAUAAUGCCUUAAAAACUUGGUUAUCUUUUUUUAAACAACAAGAAUUUUCUAACUUUGAUAUAAAAAAUAUAAAAAUAUUAAACAAAUAUAGUAAAAUUAUAAGUAGAAUAUUAUCAGAUUUGAAAAAACAAA